AUGACGGAGACCUUCAACCCCACUACCCCAGAUAUGGAUGAUGUUAGAUAUUUCUCCUAUGGAGCAGCUGUGGAGCCAGGUGUAUGGUCCGCUUUUCGGCUUUCACACCGAGUACUUGCGGAGAUUGAAGGGCCCAAUGACGGCCUAGUCAGCGUGUCUAGUAGCCGCUGGGGAGGCGAUGCAGGAUACAAAGGAACCCUCAUGGGCGUGAGCCAUCUAGACCUGAUCAACUGGACCAACCGGCUCAAGUGGCUAGUCGGAGAAGUCACGGGCAACAAACGGAAGUUUAACGCAAUUGCACUUUACUUGGACAUUGCAGUAUAUCUGGUAUCGAACGACCGCGUUUCCCCCUUUGACCUUUCAAACACCAACCGAAGAGAGAGCCCCGCCAGGGCCAGGGCGCCCGCCGCCAUGUCCGCAAACAUCAUCUUGGACAGCCGCCACACCCAUUAUACAAAUUUGGACUUCCUCAAGGGCAAGGUUGUGCUACAGCUACCGACUGAAACAGCCAUUGGGGCAAUCCAGGUCAAACUGGAGUGUGAGAGCCGCACCCGUCUAUCCGGUCCCAAGAAUCCCCAAAAUGCGCACUCGGAUAAAAAGCGAACUGAGCUUGAGGUUCAUAAGAUCUUGUACAAGGUUGCUACCGUCUUCCCGACACCGGGUGUGAUGCAGAAGGGAUCCCCUACGCCUGCAUAUACCUUUGCCGCAGGGUCAUAUGAGUACCCUUUCGAAUUCAAGUUUCCCUUCAAUAAUUCGUGCAGCACCGCCAACAGCAUGCUCACCAAUCUAAACUUUUCUGGGUUAAAAGUCGAGGUAGCUAAAGACACCAACCGACACGUCCGAAAGACCCUCCCACCGUCUUUAAGCGGGUUUCCGGGCGUAGCAGAUAUCAAAUAUUUCGUCAAGGCCACAGUCAUCCGGCCGCAGUUCUACAAAGAAAACAUCAGAUCGAUUGUGCCUCUGAAUUUCCUUCCAAUUGAGCCACCAAGAGUCGGGAAUCCCAAUGAAGAAACCUACGCCAGGCGGCAACACCAAUUCCCCAAGAUGCAUGUACCGCACAAGAAAAAAAGUAUCUUCUCACGGGGAUCUUCUGCACCCCGAAUAUCAUACGCAGAACCUCCUCGGGUGUCUGUGGAUGCUCGACUGCCGAACCCGUCUAUUCUCACUUGCAACGAACCUGUCCCCCUCCGUCUCAUCGCUAAAAGGCUGACCGAGGGACCGGACGUAAUCUUCCUCCAGAUGUUGCAGGUGGAACUAAUAUCCUUUACGAAAAUUUUGGCCCAUGAUCUUAACCGCACCGAAAUUAACUCAUGGCUUAUCAUGAGCCGCAGCAAUCUGAGCAUCCCAUUGGGCAGGCCAGAGGACCCCGUAGGCACUGAUUGGACCAUUGAUCCAAACCUUUGGAAUCGGUCUCCCUUACCUAACUCGGUGGCACCGUCAUUUGAGACAUGUAAUAUUGAAAGAUCUUACGAGCUGGAAAUUCGACUGGGCUUAACUUAUGGAGUCCAGCCUCAGCUUAGUGUUCUGCCCCUGCGAUUGCCAGUCAGAGUGUUCUCGGGAAUUGCCCCACCGCAGGCCCUCCUGGAUGCGAUGGCCGCUGCAUCACUUCAGUCAUCUGCCUCUAAGAUGAAACCCCAGCCCAGCUUGCCAAUAGAGGCGGGAAACAGCCGACCGCCCGUGCCACCACGGCCAACAGGCGAGCCUGUACCCGUCAACUCCGGAGAUAUAUAUGACGAUGCACCACCCAGUUACGAGGAUACAAUGGGAGACCACCUGAGUCCAGUGGACGGACCGCGCCGCGAGUAUCACCCACCAGAAGCCUCAUCACAACGCACACUAGAAUCUGGAGCUGAUUCAAAGUCCGCAGCCCAACCGGGCAAGGCGCUUGAGGAUGCAGAAGGAUCCUCAUCCUCGGCGCCUCGUCUCCGAGGCAAUCGUGCUUCCUCAGAGUCCUUCGACAUGCUACCUACCACACCACCGGAAUCCCAAUAUGGAUCGCCUCCCGCAUCCCCCGUGAGACGUCCAGCGAGUAUGAUGAAAGUUCCUCGAAACACCGUUGAUGAAGAAAGCCCGCCACAGUAUGAGCCUGUUGCGGGGGAUCAGCUGAACCCUCCCCAAACUGUGCAACGCCAGCCUUCAUGGAAUAAUCUUCGUCCUAUGAACUUGGGUGUUCCUAAUCGGAAGCCUGUGCCACGAAGUCCGAAUCCUAAAGGCUAA